UUGUAGCCUAUUGUUGCCUAUCCUGGAGUCGUAAACGAUUAAGCCAAUUGAACUUUGUUCAUUUCAAUCAAAGACUCAUUGGUGUGCAGAUCACUUGUUAAAGUACAAAUAUGUCAUAUCUGAACUAUAAGGCGUUAAUCGUCCAGAAGGAGGGCAAACUGCUUGUCAUUAAAUUCCACAAUCCAGCAAAGAAAAACUGCCUAAAUCGCGAUGGCUAUGGGGAACUAACCCGUGCUCUAACCGAGGUUAAUAACGAUGAUGAGGUGACCAUUGUUGUCAUUACCGGCGUAGGUGAGUAUUUCACCGCUGGCAAUGAAUUGACCCCCAUUCACAAAAUCAACGACGUGGAGGCGUAUAUAAAGGAGUCCAAUGACAAUUUCAAAAAGAUGGUUACCAGCUUUAUCAACUGCAACAAGCUUAUCUUUACGCUGGUCAAUGGUCCAUCGAUUGGUAUCGGCACCACAAUCGUGGCCCUCUCUGAUGUGGCGUGGUGUGCCGAGGAGGCAACCUUCUUGACACCUUUCAGUCGUCUUGGACUAGUACCAGAGGCUUGCUCCAGCUUUACAUUCCCGUUAAUUAUGGGCAGGUCAAAGGCCACUGAAGUGUUGGUAUUGAAUGAGAAGCUCUCGGCCCAGGAGGCGUAUCAUUUUCAUUUCGUCUCUCGCAUCUUUAAGCUAAGUGAAUUGGAUUCCGUAGUGUGGCCAAAGAUUCGCGAAUACUCUGAAUUGCCGCCCACCUCGAUGAGGGAAUGCAAGCGGUUGAUUAACUUCUCCCUACGGGAGAGUUUGAAGAGGGUCAAUGAUGAGGAGUGUGAGGCACUGUACAAGCGUUUCUUCGAUGACGAAUUUAUCCAGGCAAUCAUGAAAUUUAACACCCGCAAAUCAAAGCUUUAAUUUCUUUUCGUUGUGUCGUUCAAUUCAUGUACCAAAAACAUAGAAGGUUACCAAAACA